AUGAACGUAUCAAAGAAGAUGGAUAAGAGCGGGACUGAGCUAGGCUCAGAGGCAAGAAAAAUCCUCCUGAAUGUUAAAAUUGGAGCAUCUGUAAAAAAAAUACGUGAUGAAUUCGAGAACAUGCACCCUGACGGAAGUAUAUCAAAUGAAAUCAUUGAAGGUGUUAUCGGGGCAUUCCAGAGAAGCUGUGAUGAGACAUCAUCCGAUGAAGAUGAAGCGGCAGGGGGACAGGACCUCGAGGCCUCCGAUCUUGGAAACUAUACAUAUUUCGUGCAGAUUGCAGAGACAGAGGACCUACUUUAUCUGUAUAAACGUAGAAGAGAUUUCUGUGACUGGAUAACUAGAAAGAUGAAAGAUGACAAAAAAAUUCUUGACAGAUUAAUAUUCACAAGUACCGCUGAUUUCUAUCUUGACGGAACAGUGAAGAGAAAGAACGUCUGGUUUUGUGGUAAAAAUGAACCAACCGAAGAUGUUCAAACCAAGAAGGAUGUUUCCUCUGAAAAGGUGGAAAAGGUGACCGUAUGGGAUGGUCGUCAGGGCCCUGUAAAAGCGAUGAAGAGAGAGAACAAAGAACCAGAAUUCGUAGAGCACAAGGUCGUGGCAGUGGAAGACGGGAACUGCAAGUCUUCAAACGUUAUUUACUGUAUAACGUGUAAUAUUUGCGGCCAUCAAUAUAUUGGCAUGACGAAAGAUACCCUCAGCAUUAGGAUGUCACAACAUAGAUUUGCAAUUGAGAGAGGAGCAUCUAAUAGCGGGAAGAGGAAGCUGGCGAGAGAAUCGCCUUCAAAGAAGCAAAAGAAAAAGAAGACAGCUGCCAAGAAGGGAAAGGAGACCAUAGGUGCAUCGACUUCGAAGGGGCGAGAGGAAACUAUGGAGGCAUCGACUCCGAAGGGGCGAGAGGAGACUAUGGAGGCAUCGACUCCGAAGGGACGAGAGGAGAAUGUGGAGGCAUCGACUUCGAAGGGGCGAGAGGAAACUAUGGAGGCAUCGACUCCGAAGGGGCGAGAGGAGACUAUGGAGGCAUCGACUCCGAAGGGACGAGAGGAGAAUGUGGAGGCAUCGACUCCGAAGGGGCGAGAGGAGAACGUGGAAAAAGAAGAGAUUGUCAGGGGGAUCGAAGACCACAUGAAGGAUUGCGUGGAUGCUAAAUAUAGUCCUUCGAUGCGGUGGGAGUUUCUCACAGUAACGAUCUUGCAUAUGUCUUUGAUCGAUUCCGCAAACAACCUGAAUUCGUUGGAGACUUGUUACAUAGAAAAAUACGAUCCUGCAAUAAACAAGAACAAGAAAUCGGGAAAGGCUUCACGGAAAAGCUAA